CAAAGUUCCAAAAUUAGGAAUAGUCUAUCGAAAUUACACGUGAACGAUACCAGUGAUCUACCAGUUGAUCGACAAAUCAACAUUCAACACAUUAAAAUGUUCCCAGAAUUUUUUCUCUCUUUUGUUAUAGUUCUUUUUUUCCUCUAUUAUUAAUCACAAAAGAAAAAAAAUAAAAAAAAUGGCACAAGGACAAGUUCAUUCAGUCUUGUUUGAUGGUUCAGAUGCAUAUGGUUAUAAUGCACAAGAUAAUUUACAAUUUUAUAGUACAAGUUAUGGAGAUCCUUCAGCUUAUUCAACACAAGCAACUUCUGGUUAUUACCCUACUCAAUAUCCUACUUAUCAUAAUGGACAUACGGGUGGUUUUUGGAGUGCAUUUGGUACUGGAGGAUUUGAUGAAGAACCACCAUUAUUAGAAGAACUCGGGAUUAAUUUCAGACACAUAAAAUCUAAGAGUUUGGCAGUUUUAAAUCCUCUUAAAACUGUUGAUAAAAAUAUAAUGGAUGAUACAGAUUUAGCGGGACCUCUUUUAUUUUGCUUAAUAUUUGGAGUUUCUUUAUUGCUGACAGGAAAAAUUCACUUUGGAUAUAUUUAUGGCGUCGCGUUACUUGGAUGGGCAUCAAUUUAUGUGAUAUUAAAUCUUAUGAGCGAGUCAGGUGUUGAUGGUUAUAGAAUUGCAAGUGUAUUGGGUUAUUGUUUAUUACCUCUUGUUUUAUUAAGUUGUGUUGGUGUUGUUUUCCCAUUAAGCGGACCAAUUGGGCUUAUUGCCUCAUCACUUGCAAUUAGUUGGUGUACAUAUUCUUCUUCUACUAUGUUUGUAACUGUCUUACAAAUGUCUGAGCAACGUAUAUUGGUUGCUUAUCCUGUUGGUUUAUUAUAUGUUUGUUUCGCUCUUAUGACAAUCUUUUAAAUGCACAUUCUUUAACAAAUUAUUUUACAUUAAUAGUAAUAUUGAAUAUAAUAGUCCCUUGAUUAAUUUGCAAAAAUAUUAAAGUUUACCCACAUAAAAAAAUUUGUAUAUAUUUUAUUUUUAAAUUAUUUAAUUUAUUAGAAUUUGCGGAUGUAGUUACAUUUCAAAUAAACUUACCUAUUACUUUUCAAAUAUUAAAUAUAUUAG